AUGGGAAAAUAAAACACAUAAAGUAAAUAGCAUUCAAGAAGAUUAAAGGUUGAAGAUUAAUAAGGUUUGAAUUUACCCAUUAUUAAACAAAUUCGAGGAGAGUUUCGAUGUGAUUUACCUUCCCAUAUAUCAAGUCAUAUUUUGGUUGGAUAAAGAUCGGAAAUUAUUAAUUCAAAAUUAGAAAACUACAUGUUUCGUCUAGAAUGGAAAUAGAGAGCUGAUGGAGUUAAUCCAGUUGGAACAGAAUUUAAAUACAAUGAUCUUAAACAAGUCUGCCCAGGUUUGUUAAUGAAAUACUUAUCAAAGUUUAUAGUGCUUUCUUGA